CCUUUUACACCGCUGUCUCCCAUCGGUACGUGCCGUGUAGAGAUUCGAGCGCACCUCCGUGACGCGGCUGUGUGUAGGAACAAGUAAUGAGGAAAUAGGAAAACGUUUUGGGCAACUAAAGUUACAGGCCAGUUUAUGAAAGAUGAGCCGAAUUUAUGACAACAAGUCUUUGAAGAACAAACCGGUGCACAAUGAGAAAUUUGAGCGCGCGUGGUCCCCUUCUGGGUAUGAAAGUGGCCAGGGCGUUCUCCUAGAGGGGAAGCUGCUGGAUGUGUCCAGGCAUGCCAUCAGUGACCUCAGCAAUCAAAAGGUCCGCUUCUAUGUGCUGUACAUCAAACCCACACGCAUCCAUCAGAGGAGGUUUGAUGCCUGCGGGAAGGAGAUCGAGCCCAACUUCAGCGACACCAUGAAGGUCAACACGGGCUUCCUCAUGUCCUCCUACAAGGUGGAAGCUAAAGGGGAGUCCGACCGUCUGUCCGAGGAGCAGCUGUCACUCAUCGUGAACAAGGCCGAGCUGCUGAAGAUUACCGACAAGCACCGACCCAGCGGGACCUGGGCCUUCUGGUACCCAGAGUCCCAAAUGGACCAGACGGAUCUGGAGGCGGGGCAGGAAGUACGGCUGAAGACCAGAGGAAAUGGUCCUUUCAUAUUCUCCUUAGCCAAAGUGGACGGCGGCACAGUGACCAGGUGUAACUUUGCCGGAGAUGAAAGAGCAGGCGCGUCGUGGACCGAUAAGGUUCUGGCCAACAAAGCAGGCGCAGUCAGCACGGGGAGACCCACGGGGGAAGGAGAGGGGGCCGGGGAGGAUGAAUGGGACGACUGAGGGAAGCGUCUCGCUACCCGUCCUUCACCUUGGAUCUGUCCUCAGGUUGGACCCCGACAGUUGUUAGUCUCUGUAAAACUGGCGUCACUCAAAAACGUUGGAACUUUUCUUGAUUAUUUUCCUGGUUUCUUUUUCUUCUCUUGCCUGUUUGUGUCCAAGUUGGAGCCAGAGGGCAUACAAGGGAUUUUCUGCCGAGCCUGCUAUCAAUUAGCCCCAAAGCUGUGUUUUCCAGAACGCCUGAUGGUGCUUCUCUCCGUUCCAGAUCUAUUUAAAAUGUAUCUUUUAGUUGCUAUGUAUCUAUACGCUCAUUGGGUUCUCAAGCUGCUUCGGGACAAUAAGUAGGAUUUUUUUAAAGCGAGCAAAAAGAUAUUGAUAUUAUGAUCCUCUAGUUAUCAUGGAUCAUGACGUCAGUGAAUACGACCUGUAUUUGAUUUGUAAUGUAUUAAAGGACUUGUAUUAAAUCAAA